UAUUCUUAGAGUUCAGAUUUAGUGGCAUCUGCUCUAAAGCCAAACUCAACUUCAAGAAGUGUGCUGUGCUAUAGGAAUGGUCAUUCCCUCAACUGCAAGUCUGGAUCUGGUGCCAAGUGAUGAAUCAGCCUUAUAUCUAGGAGUAUCCGGAGGAUCUGGGUGCAGAUCAGAUUGCGUAGAGCUGGAUAUAAAGAUUUGCUCAUUAUAUUCUUGCUGUAGAAAAGAGUCUUGUCUUCUGGAUCAUGAACCAACCCUGCCAGUGAGUUAUAAAAACAGCAGCCUUGCAGUAAAUGGAAAAUGGAUUUGCAGCACAGACCUGCUACAGACUUCUCCAUGUAAGAAAAGGCCAAGACUUCUGCCCCGUGACAUCAAAAUGUAUACAUUUAUUCCUCAUGGCACAGAGAGUUUGCAGGAAACAUCAGUCUCAGGUCUGCAAGGAGAUCUGUCAGCUCAUAAAUUAGUCAACAUUCGGAAUUCUUUAAGGAACAUAAAGAGACACUUCAAACUCACAACGCUGCAUCCUAAGAAGCAUUUUCUCAAUGAGUAUUUAUUAAAGCAACAAACGUGUUAAUGCUCCACUAUUUAGUGGCUUCUCAUUUAAAGUUUCUCAUUUAAAGUAAUAAAACUAAAAAGCAUCCCCGUGCCUGGCCUUUAUAUUAAAAUGACACUAAAAUUUUUCACAUCAUGUCAGCAUAUUUGGGUUUUGGAUCUGGUACUGGUUAUGUAGUCAUGUUGCAUUCUCCCCAACCCCACUGCCUUUAUGUCACAUGCAAUAAAUAUAGGGGAUUUACAAAGAUGAUACAUCAUUAUUGCUAAUACUAACAUGUGAGUGUAAAUGGCAGUACUUUUGCACAUUUUGAGUUGCACCAGUUUCAGCACGCAUCCAGUAUAGUGUAAGGUGCAUCACAGAGGUUGACCCCUUCCUCCACAUCUGUAUAGUUACUGUAUAGUUUCCAUAUCAAACCCCUUGUACAGUUAGCCAUCAAUAUGGAUGGGCAAAUAGCACUGGUCUGUUUAUUUGGGUCAAUGGUUCAAAUGAGCAGGUCAGACCGUUACGGGGGCAUUUACUAACGUUUGGAUUUUUUUCACGCUCCAUAUUUUAUUGCACUAAAACCAAAAUUUUUCAUGAAAAAAAAAAUUUUGACUUUUCCAAGACUUAUUAUGCACCAAAACCGCUACAGUUCCAAAUCCAAAAUGACUGCAGCUAAAACCUGUCGCGAUCAUGUAGAAGUCAAUGGCAUAUGUCCCUGGAAUAUCUUUCUUUGCUUCAAAAUUUUAGCGGUUUUUCGAAAUCGUCUUUGGAUAUAUGGCUUUUGUGCGAAAAUUCGAAAAGAUCACAGUUAUCGUGUGACAUUUUGAAAAUGUCACAGUUUUCGAAAUUUUUCAGUGACUUUUCCCUGCAUUUGUUUUUUUGGGCAGAGUUUUUGAUAAAUCUAUAAGAUAAUUUUAUUUGUAGUUUUAGAAAAAAAAUAAAAGUGAGAAAAUGUUUAAGUUUCAGUAAAUCUGCCUCUAAAAGUAUCCAUGCAUUCCAAGACUGUCUGGCAGUCUAUCCACAGUGCGUGUCUCAGCAUGUAUCACUGCCUUCUUUCCAUUAUAUUUUCAAGGCCAGUGGCACAUUAGAAACGCAGACGGAGAAAAUGCUGAUCAGCUGACUUUUACUCUGUUUUCUGAAUGUACUACCAGGCAAGGUAUUGUAGCUGUCAGCACACCCACGGGAUGGAUUUUGCCAAGAAUAUGCAUACUUUUGUAUUUCUACUCCAAAAUCUGCUUUGGGUGUGAGCUACAAGACCAAGGCAAAGCCUGUGAGUGCACUGAGAACACAAUGCAGAAAGAGACAUAGGUUAGUCAAUAUACCCCUCUGUAUACACCAGAAAAAAGGUUAUGAAGGAAUGCUGUUCUUCAUUUUUGCCAUCUGUAAAACACAUUGAAA